AUGAGUACUUUAUCAAAAGCUGAAAUAGAAGAUAUCCGUGAAGUUUUCGACUUGUUCGACUUUUGGGAUGGUCGUGAUGGUAUGAUUGAUGCAGUGAAAGUUGGUGAUUUACUUCGAUGCAGUGGAAUCAAUCCAACAAUUGCUUUAACAGUCAAACAUGGUGCCACCUUGAAACAAGGAGAGAAACAAUACAAAUUCGAUGAAUUCCUUCCUUGCUAUGAAGCUAUUCUUAAAGAGAAAGAAACAGGUACAUAUGCUGAUUAUAUGGAAGCCUUCAAAACAUUUGAUCGUGAAGGUCAAGGUUUUAUUUCAGCUGCAGAAAUGAGACAUGUUUUAACAGGUUAUGGUGAACGUCUUGAAGAUGAACAAGUCGACUUGAUAGUGAAAUUGAUUGAUUUACGUGAAGAUCUUGAUGGAAAUAUCAAAUAUGAAGAAUUAAUCAAGAAAGUUUUGGCGGGUCAUUCCAAAUAA